AUGAAUUAGGAGGAAACUUUGAACAUAAAUUAAAUUAAAUUUAACUAGCUUCUUUUGGAUGCUCACAAUCAGUUUUAAUUAAGAGAUUUGAAUUAAGCAAUACGAUUAUAUGAAGAGGCUCUAAACUGCUAAGAAGCAGGGAGGGGUAAUAUCAAAUCUCAAUUAUUUGAUAUUGAUAGGAUGGCUAUAAUCCUGGCUAAUUUAGGGAUCAUCUAUUUUCAUAAUUGUGAUUAUAAAUAAGCAACCGAAAAGUUACUUUAAGCAUUCAAUAUGAUAGACAGAAAGAAUGAUUUCAUAUGCGCAUUAUUAAUUAAAAUAUUAGGAAAUUUAGCAAUCAUCAAAUUGAUAACAACAGAAUAUUAAGAAUGCAAAGAUUACAAUGAUUAGGCAAUUCAAUUAAUAAUAUAGGCUUAACCUCCAUUAUAAUAUCAGCUAUUUAAGGAGCUAAUGUAUAUCUAUUAUAGGUUUUAAUCAUUUGAAGCUAUGGGUGAUGGAAAUUUUGAAAAUCUGGAAUAAAAGUAUGAUGGAUAGAGUUUGGCUUGUUUCUACUCCUCUAUGGGGUUGAAUAGAGAACUUUGUGGAGAUAUGACCCUUGCCUUUAGGUAUCAUCAAAAAGCUCUAAAAUUAUGGUAGGAGCAGAAAGAAAAUGGGUUUACUGUUAUUACAUUGAGAAGAAUAUUAACCAUUGCUUAAAAUGAAAGAAUGGAUUGUAAGGAUUAUGUAUAAUAAUUACAAAAAUGUAUGCAAUCUCCAGAGUUGAGACGAAUAAGUCCAGAAAUCUUAUUUAAAGAUUGUGAAAAAAAAUUAUAAUGUGCUAGAGAAAUAACAACAUCUUUGUAAAAAUUAGAACAACAACUGAAUUAUCAAAAGAAUUAGUAAUUAUUAUCAUAACCAUUAACGGUUAAAUAACAAGAUGAAUUUUGGAAACUAGCUCUAAAAUUAAGACUCAAAAGGGCAAUACAAUUUUGCUAUCAUCAAAUGACCUAGUAAGAAGCGGAGAACGUACCUUAAUUAUCCUAAUCAAUUGCAUAACUUGAACAUUAAUUAAAAUUAUUGGAUCAACAAUAACCAUAUGAAAACUAUUUAUAAAAUUUACCAUUUACAAAGGAAUCAGUCAAUAUUAUCAAAUCUCACUUAAUGAAAUUCAAUAGAAUUUGCUUAAAAAUUUAAUUAGAACCCUUCUUAAAUUAUCUCUAUUAAUUAAAGCAAGAAGUAUAUUAAGAUCAAUAAAAUUAUCAAUAACCAUAGUUUAAACAAAAGUUUCAAUCUAAUUAAAUGUAUAACUAGCAAAUUUAGUAUUCUAAUACUUUAGGAUAAUAAAAGUAAUUUGACUAAAUGAAUUCUUAAUACAAUUCAUAACAAAGUUAAAUUAAUUAUGAUUAUCAAAAUUAACAGAAUUUUUAAUCAUAUCACUCAACGAAUGAUUAAUAAAAUUAUAUGGUUAAAGGCUAAAAUCCAACUUCGUAAUAAAAUAACUAAUAUUAACAAUAUAAUAACCCAUUAUCAAGUAAUUUCUCUCAAAAAAAUUAACUUGAACAGAAUGAUUUCCAAUAGCAAAAGUAACAAACAUUGUUUACAAAUAAUUAUGAUUAGUAACCAUUCAAGAAUACUAGUCAAUUUGGAUCAUAAACAAUGGGUUUUGCUGGAAAUAAUCAAUAAAAAACAUAAAAUUAAUAAUUAUCAUCGUCAUAGUAAUAAUAAUAAUAAUAAUAAGCAAAUCUAAAACUUACAAAAUCUUAAUUAAAUUAACCAUAAACCAAAUAAGGUUAAAUGAUGGCUGUUUCUAUGACAAAGUCACAAAAAUUAAAAAAUGUAAGUCUUCUUAACGCUGCCUAUAGAACUGUUAUGUUGGGCGAUUAAUUGACGAAAUGUAAUAAGUCUUCCAAUGGGAGAAUAGAAAGAUUCUUUAUUUUAGCUAAUGAUGGAACAUUUAGAUGGGCUUAAAAUAGCAAACACAUUAAUGACCCUAAAUCAGUGAAUUCCUAUUCGGUUUCAGAUAUAAGAGGAUUGCUUUAUGGGAAAGUGACAGAUGUGCUUAGAAAAUCUUACAAUAAUAAACUCGAACCUUGGCUCUGCUUUUCUUUGGUAAUGAAAACUAGGUCAAUGGAUUUUCACACUUAGGAAUUACAAAUUAAUUCUUGGGUUAUAGCUAUGUCAGAAGAGAUAAAAAGAAGGAAUCCUUCAGCAUUUGUGAUUACUGCAGGGAGGAUGUUAUGGAGAAAAAUGAAAUUAAUAUUGCAUUGGUAUUUUGUGAAUAAGAAAAAAAAGGACAAGAAAAAGAGAGUACCUCCUAAUACUUUUGCGCAUCUAUUGUAUUUAUACGCAAAAAAACAAUGCAGAUUACCUUAAAUAAAAUGA